AUGGCACCCUCAACUAAAGAUCUAAAAGAAGAGACCGACCUGCUACAACACUCUAAAGGGUCUAGUCCCGACUACCUACUCGAGCAGGACUUAGUGAAGAAAAGAAAGAGUAAAUCCCCUAGCAUAAACUACGUGAAGAAAGCCAAACAUCAAGAAGAUAAUGAAGAUGGCUCUGAGGACAUCGCAAAGCAAUACAAAAAGUUUUCCGGUGCAUCCAAAUUCAACUUGAAUAGUGAAGAAGUAUUUUGUGUGUGUCGAAGACCAGACUACGGAGGGGAGUUAAUGGUUCUUUGCGAUGGAUGUGAAGAAUGGUUUCACUUUAAGUGUAUGAAACUUAAUAAGCAAUAUUCUAAAUUGGUAGCUAGAUUUUAUUGUAAAUUCUGUGAAUGGAAAUCUAUCGGAUAUACCCAAUGGAAAAGGAAAUGCCGACUUGAUUGGUGUUGGGAGCCGGCUAGAGCUGAUUCCAAGUCCAAAUACUGUUGUGAAGAGCAUGGAAUAAUCUUUUUAAAGACAAAGUUACUAGAUUGUGAUAAGACCAUUGGGGAUAUUAAAAGCGAAGAAAUAAAAUCAACUUUGGUGUUUAUUGAUGGCGACCUUGAAAAGUUAGACAAGUUAGGCUCGAGUUUCCCCGAAUUACCGGAAGUAAUUGAGUUCAAGUCAAACAAGGAGUCUGGCCAAUUCCCUGAAUAUAUCAAAAAAGACUUAUCAGAGAAGAAUGAACGAGUUGAAAAAAUUAAUCAAAAGCUUAGCUUGUGUCAAAUCAAGAGUCGAUACUUGUUAAGGCUAAAAGAGCGAAUUAAGAUCAUAAACGAUAAGCUAUCUCAAGUGCAAGGAGAAGACGCAUCUGAAACCACUAAUAAGAAAUCGAAAAAAUCCAAAGCAAAGAAAAUAGACUUGUGUUAUUAUGAUAAACAGUUAUCACAAACGCUAGAACUGAACGAUUCCUCGAAAUAUCUACCGCUAAUUGACUCGCAAGAUAUAUACCAAGACUUUAAGCAGGAAAUAGAUGAUAUAAUAGCCUACUACGAACAAAAUAAGGACGGUGAUUCCUUUAAUGGACAAUUAUGUAUCAAGGAUAGAAGAAAAUGCUCCAAGCAUAAUGGAUGGUGGAAUUUAGUCAAUGAUGAAUUAUUCAAACACACUACAGAACUUUCUACAAAAUUGGAGUCCUUAGAAAAUGAAAAGUCUUUGAUUCUUAAGGAAUAUAGUAUUCAAGUUUACGAAGGGAAAAAUAAAUAA